AUGGUACCUGUUCUAGUGGUUUUCUCGCAAAGUCAUGUUGAUUUUAGAAUACCAGAGUUUGAAGCGAUCUGUUCGAUGCUCUCAAUUAGAGUGAAAAACAUGAACUCAAUAAACACAGAGAAUCACAUGUUUGUUCUUCAUUUCGAGAAUCGUCUGGAUGUGACAAAGCUAUUAUCACGUUCUAUUCUGAUUAAGUUCGCCAUCUCGUUAUCUGUAGAAGCACAGUCAUACGAACAACUUUUUCACGAAUUGAAGAAUAAACCAGAAGUGAUAGAAAACUAUGACGUCCCCGAUGAGAGCUUCGCAUUGAGAUUCUUCGCGAUUGGUAGAAAGAAGAAAUUAGAUAGUAUCGAACGGAUCAAGAUGUUUUUAGAAGCUGUUCAGUUCAACCAUGCUCCAAUUUGUCUUAUAUCGCCUGUCAAUGAGUUCUAUUUAGUGGAGGAGUAUGAUCAUCCCACAGACGAAAACCCUCGAAAAAUCUUCUUCGGAAAGUUGUGGGGGGAAGGUCGGAGUGAGCUGAAAACAAAGUAUAACUUGCGAGAAAGAUGCUAUAUUGGUAACACAACGAUGGAUCCAGAGUUGUCGUUCAUUCAAGUUGGUUUUCCAAUGCAUUUGUGUUCUCUAAUCGAGCAUCUUAAGGCUAACUUAGCAAUGGUACAACCUGGAAAUCUUGUCUUCGAUCCUUUUGUAGGAACCGGUGGACUAAUCCUUCCAGCAGCCGAAUUUGGAGGAUAUGUGAUGGGGACUGAAAUCAAUUAUCAGACAGCGAGAGCCAAGGGACGGUCUUCUAGACAAGGAGUUGGAGAGCGACACGAGUCAGAAAGCAUUAGGGCUAACUUUGAACAGUAUUAUACUGAGGCAAGAUUCCAGAACGAUAAGUUAUUAUCUAUUGUGAUUGCUGAUUCGAGCAAGCAUGCGAUCUGGAGUUCAAAUGCAAAGUUUGAUGUCAUUGUAGCAGAUCCACCCUACGGAGUUCGCGAAAAGGCUAGGAAGACUGUGAAAAACAAGAAAUCGGAUGCAAAUGAAGACUAUAUCCAAUAUCAACAAAAAGAAGAUUACGAUUUGGAAGCUGCGUUUUGUGAUCUGCUCAACUUGGCAGCAAUGGCAUUGGUGAUGAACGGACGUGUUUCCUUCUGGUACCCUGUUAUCCUUGAGAAGUACUGCUCUGAAAAUCUGCCGACACAUCCGGCCAUGGAGUUGUUGUCAAACUGUGAGCAACCAUUAACCCGCAAAACAAGUCGUCGGCUUCUCAGCUAUCGGAAGGUGCGCGAACCAAUUGCCAACGAAGAAUGCGAAAUUCGGAAGACCGGAGUUAGCCAUUAUCGGGAUUGCUUGUUCUCUUCGAACAAAAAAGAAAACUGUUAA